AUUCUAACAAAAAGAAAAAGAGAAAGACGGUUUGAAGAGAGAGCGAGAGCCGAGCCGAGUAAAAAGCCGAGGUUAGCGGUUCUCUUAACCCGAUAAGAACACGCGCAGUUGCACGUGCAAGGACAGUCUCAUACACGUAAGACUCUGACUCGCGCACACACAUACACACAAAAAAAAGUAAAACCCGUCUCCCCCCUCCCCCAGUAAAAUAAAUAAAUAAAAUAAAAUAAAGAGAUAACGACAGGCAGCAACAACUCGCGUAUAUAACCACCUUCUUUCCAAUACCUCCUGUCUCACACACACACACACUCACUUACUCAUUUCCGGUUUUAACUCUCACAGUCCCCACACAGACACUCUCACUCUCCGCCUUCAUUAAGCCAAUUGAAAGUGAGUAAAAACUAAAAACAGCCUCCACUCUGCACACAUUAAUGUUUUUCAUCAGCAAAACGUGAAUCCAAGAAACAAACAGAGAUACACUCCCUAUUUACACAUACCUCACACCGACGCUUUUUCCUUGCUCUCUUUAAACAGCAACCAAAUAUAUUUUCAAAGGAUGGAGCUUAGUAAGGUAACACUUGAGAUCUUUUCAAAGCUAGAGCAAAAAUGGCUUUCUCACUGCGAAAACUCCAAGAAAACACGUGUUCUUAGCAUUGACGGCGGUGGUACCACCGGCAUUGUUUCUGGCGCUUCUCUUGUUCACCUCGAAGACCAGAUCCGUCUCAAAACCGGUGAUCCUCACGCUCGUAUCGCUGAUUUCUUUGACAUUAUUGCCGGUACUGGUAUUGGUGCUCUACUCUCUGCUAUGCUCGCGGCUGACGACGGUUCUGGCCGUCCUUUAUUCUCUGCUACAGAGGCCGUCGCUUUUUUAGCUGAGAAAAACUCCGAGCUCUUUAAAGUCUGCGGAAGUGGGUUCCUCCGCCGACGUAAGAGAUUCUCCGGCAAGAGUAUAGAGAAGACUUUGAAAGAAGCAUUGAGAAGAGAAGACGGAGAGAUCCUGACCUUGAAGGACACGUGUAAGCCUCUCCUUAUUCCUUGCUUUGACCUAAACAGCUCUGCUCCUUUCGUUUUCUCCCGAGCCGACGCCUCCGAUUCACCGAGUUUCAACUUUGACCUUUGGAAGGUCUGCCUCGCUACUCUAGCUACUCCGAGUCUCUUCAAGCCGUUUAAAUUGACGUCUGUUGACGGUAAAACCUCUUGUUGCGCUAUUGAUGGUGGUUUAGUGAUGAAUAAUCCAACGGCCGCCGCGGUUACGCAUGUUCUCCAUAAUAAACGGGAUUUCCCAUCUGCUAAUGGAGUGGAGGAUCUUUUGGUUCUUUCAUUAGGUAACGGUCCGUUAAGUGGAUCGUUAAGUAAGCAAAAUCUACGCCGCAACGGUGAAUGCGAGACGUCUUGUAUCGUUAAUAUUGUGCUCGAUGGAGUAUCUGAGACUGUUGACCAGAUGUUAGGGAACGCUUUUUGUUGGAACGGUACGGACUAUGUCAGAAUCCAGGCAAACGGAUUGAAGGGCGACGGAAUGCUGGCAGUGGGCCAGAAGGAGCAAGAAGAGGUGUUGAAUGAGAGAGGAGUGGAGUCGUUGCCGUUUGGCGGGAAACGGUUAUUGAUGGAGACGAACGGAGAAAGAAUCCAGGGGUUCGUGCAACGUCUUGUUGCUUCAGGAAGGAGUAGCUUGCCUCCUAGUCCCUGCAAGGAUUCCACCGUUAGCCCACUAUCCAACGGCCGUUAGCUAAUUUUGUUUUUAUUUUUUUUUCUUUUUCUUUUUUAAUAUUUGUAUUCUCUUUUUUCCUUUUCCCUCUUUUUAACCCUUUUGUAACCAACCUCGGGUUUACUUAACUAUCUGUGUUUGAAGUUAAAAAAAUGAGUAGCACUAGUAACUAAUAAUAACCUGUUUAGACCA